AUGAAGCUUUCUUGGCUCGCCUCGGCGCUGCUGAUUGGGGGUGGAGCAACAGCUUCCACAUCGUCAGGCAAGGCCCUUGGGGGUGAGACUAGAUUGCUUCUUAAGAAGAGUGUUCCAUACCAACAACAACGGCAAGACCGCAGCCUAGAUGGCGCUUCCGUGCAUCAGCAGCACCAGCACCAGCAGCAGUCUUUGCCCAGCGUCAAUUCCGCCGCCACGGCGGUCCACCUGGACAAACUCACGUUGAACCGAACUCGCCCCGAUCAUCUUACUAAAACCCAGUCUGAACAACAUUUGGAAGACCCAUUACCUGUUGUCACUCUACGAAUUACUUCUCCGCCAGAACAGAAACCCCUUUCGCCACCACCACCGGUCUCGGCUCCUCAGAAGGAACCAUCAACCCCAUCCCACGAUUCCGACGAGAACGGCGGCUCCCACGUGGACCUCUCACAGGAAGAUGCCUCUUCAGCCGUGGGGGCGGGGGGUCCAGCUUCCGCUAACCGAGCCAUUGCCGGCAUGAGCGUAGGGUUGGUGUCGGUGAUGUUGAUCUUCACCGUUUUCUUAUGA